CGACGCUCUGCGGCCGGCCGGCGCCGCGGGCCUCGGUUCCCGGACCGCCAGGAGCCCGAGCGCCGCCCCCGGAGAGGCCCUGGCUUCCCUUCAGAGACUCGCACGCAGUGCUGUGUCACGUGACGGACGUUGCUGCUUCAUUUCACUCCUGCUACUUUGCAUUUACAUUGCACACAGGGAAAGGCACGAGUCACAACUGUCGCCCUCGGAGGGUGGUGACAGCCAUGAUUCACAAAGAUGAGGAGCUUCCCUGCAGUCUCCAGCUGGCUCAGUUAUCCAGGACACUGUUAUGGAGGGGGAAGCAGCUGUGUUAGACUUUCAAGACCAGCCCAGAGUUUGGAAGCAAACGGUGGCAGGAGAACAUUUCAGUGAGAGACAGCGAGGACCUGAGGAAGGAGCUGCACGCGAGACCCACUCGGGAAAAAUCAUACAUCAUUUUUCUACAAAACAGAGACGAAUCAGAGCGAUCAAAGAGAUGGCCAGAGUCCUAGUCCCUGGUGGCCGGCUGAUGAUUUAUGUCUGGGCCAUGGAGCAGAAGAAUCGUCACUUUGAGAAGCAGGACGUGCUGGUCCCGUGGAACAGGGCCUUCUGUGCCCAGCCCUUCCCGGAAUCCAGCCAGCCUGGGAGAAGGCGGUUGUGUGGCCAUGGAGAAUCAAGCCGUCCCUACCCCGCUGCUUGCUCUGAGUGUAGCUGCGCUGUUUGUUACAAGGAGCCGUGCGCCUCGAGAAGGUCCCACAGCGUGGACUGUGAACCUGUCAUGGCGAGAACCUGUUGUGCAAAUAUUUCCAAGGAAGGCGAGGAAGAAAACGGAUUCUAUAACUCGCUAGGGAAGUCUUUCCGCUCCUGGUUCUCCUCCAGGUCCCUGGACGAAUCCACUCUGAGGAAGCAGAUCGAGAAAGUGAGGCCCCUGAGAAACACAGACGGCCGGGCCGAGGGCACCGUCUCCGUGCAGCCUUGCAGACGCUCGAGUUUCGACUUCAACCACCGAGAGCCGUUUUGCACAAGACAGCAAAGCCUAGAUGAGGAAGUGUUUGUGGAAACGCCUUCCCCAAAGCAUCUGGAGUGGCCGGGAGCAGGGACUGGGAACUGCCCGCAGGGACUCGCGCCAGUGUGGCAUGGGGGCAUCUUUACCAAGCGUUGGAACGGAGCAGUUAGGAGAAACGGAGGCGGGGAUUUCCUGGAGAGCGCUCAUCCCAAUGAGAACUGUGUGCGUGCAGGGGAGCUAGAAGAAGGUACCCCUUCUUCUACCGGGAGAAUACUGAGGCGGAUUCCGGCGCUGGAAUCCGCAGAUUCCAACCCGGACCACGCGGCUUCUGUCCAAGCACAGCAGCCUGACCUUUCGGACCCGGGAGCCUUCAUGCGCUACUACCACGUGUUCCGCGAAGGCGAGCUCAGCCGCCUGCUGGCGGAGAACGUGUCCGAGCUUCGCAUUCUGAGCGCUGGGAACGACCAUGGCAACUGGUGCAUCAUUGCGGAGAAGAGGGAGAGCUGCGACUGACCGGAUCCUUUCCGCGCCCUCAGCAGAUGAGCCAUGCUCUUUCCAACGGUUUGCUGUGGUUAUCUGAGUUGGCAUCCAGUUUUAUUAGUUUUUAUCCCACUCAUUCUUCAGUCUGUAGAGACUGUGAAUUGAUCGCCCUUUUAAAUCUCUCGGGACAGCAGAGAGCUCAGCACCUAAAACACUGGACACGGAGCAUUUGUGCUUAAGCACGGUGUGAACGUCAAAAAUCUAAAGCAAUAGAACAUGCACUUCAGCACAGUUUGGAUUUUUCCCCCAAAAUGAAAUGCUUAUGAUGACAUUUAUGUGGUUUUUCAGUAUUAGAUACUGAUUUGCAAAAAACUCUACUGUUAAAUAGAGCUUUCAAAUGGUAUUUGUAUAGAGGAAAGAGAGGGUUUCUGGUUCUUGGGUUGUAAUUUAGAUCCCUGUGCAAGGUAACAGGUGCACUUGUUCCGCUGGGCAGAUGUAUGUUGAACUUGGGUUGAACUAUUUUGUUUCCAAGACCUUGCUUCUUUUUGAAGUCUUCAGGAAAGCGAGUGAUGCUGGAGAGUAGAGAGUUAAAGUUCUCUUCUGAAUUACAAGAAAACUUGCUUCAGUAUGACUGCUUCCGUAUGACUUGUUGGAGUUUUAAAAAUAAUAUCCUGACACCUAUUUUAUUGCAAGCAACCAUAUUUUACUAAUUGGAUUUAUAUGAAAUCAAGCCCCAUUAACUGAAGGUAGAAUUUCAGCCACAUUUUAGAGAAAUGAAUGAGUUGGUAUUGUACAGCCACUGCGCCGCUGUAGAUUUAACCCAGGGUCUGUUUAAAUCCAUGUCGUGGAUCCUGAGACAUCAAUAUAUUUAGAACAGAAAUAGAGACCGAGGAGAGGCCAAAGGAAGUUGACGCAUGGAUGUGGUCUCCAGUGGAGGAGAAAAUCAACGUUUGACAAAAGCCUUUUGAGCUUUAUGGGCCACUGACAUCCGGGCUGAAAAUUCAACUCUUGUAUUAGUUUUCCUCCAUAUUAGUGAUGGGUCUCAUCUGUUUUGGAGUUCUUUUUUCCUUCAGUGAUUGUUAUUAAAAUAAUAAUGUUGC